AGCUGGGUGAGUCAGCAGAGCGCGUGCUAUUGGCCAGCAGCAGCCUCCUUCUCCUGGGAGCCAGUGAAUAGGUAAUCAGGCAGCCCCAGCUCCAUUCAUCCCGACUCCCACUCACCGUCCCUCACUCACACUCGCACACAGUGCAAGGCUCCCACCCCCCCUGCACCUGAGCUCUCUCCCUGCCCCAGAGAUGGGUAGGAAGGCAGGUGGAAUGGCUCCCUCCCCCGGCCCGGUGUCCAUCUGCACAUUUUCCCACAAGGAUUAGCCCCCCCCCUCGCUGACCUUUCCCCCAGAGGAGCCCCCAGCCGCACAUCGGAGAUAUAAAUAUAUGGAUUUAUUUCCCCCCCCCCUCAGCAUUUCCUCUGCUGCCUUCCUGCUCGGUGCUGCCGGCUCUCCCAUAUCCUCUCUCCGUAGGGUGCCGGGGCCCCGCAGGCCAGGGGAGAGGUACCCACCCAUCAGCGGCCGUGUAGGGAAUGUAUUGAUCAGUGGGAGGGGGCCCCCAUGCACAGUGAGUGGGACAUGCACCAAGUGACACUCUCCUCUCUCUGGCUCCCGGAUCAGAACCUGCUGGUCUCCCGCUGGAUUCUUCUCUCCCCGGCACUCAAGCCAAUGCCCCAGCCCGGCUCCUGGCUGCCCCUUUCUAGCUGAUUGGAGGGGUACCAAUGUGGGGUUCUGGAGGGAGAUCCGUGUAUACAGGUUUGCCCGGUACCGGACUAUGAGAACCAGACCCCCCAUUGCUGUCGAGUGCAAGCUGGCAGCUGGCAUCAUGGAUCUGCUUCCCAAAACCAAAUACAAUCACCUUCGCAAUGAGUCGGUCAGCUCGGUGGAAGAGGCUUUGGCCGCUGGGCCCCUCAGCCCUUCGGUGGAAAUCAUGGUGUCCCUGCCCAGCUCUGCCUCGUCUUCCUCCCUUGCCCCAAUGCUGCCGCUGGCCGAGCUGUCCUCUGAGUCGGAGGAGAGCCCCACCACUCUGUGCUCCUUCUUCCCCAAAAUGGCCAACCUGAAACUUUCCAACCCGGCCAACCUGCUUAACCUGCGCAGCUUCUCUUCCUCCAUGGGGGGGAAGGAGAGCGCCAGCCCCGGGGAGCAAGGGGACACCCCCAAUGAAGGCAGUAGCCCCGAAUCAGGCCGGACUUUCACUGUUUUCUCACAGGAUAUGAACAAACUGAGCUGCGGGCGAAAGUCCCGGGUGGAAGGAGGCCAACUGGCCGGCGACGAAUGGACCCGGCACGGCAGCUUUGUCAAUAAGCCCACCCGAGGCUGGCUGCACCCCGACGACAAGGUCAUGGGCCCCGGGGUUCCCUAUCUGGUCAGGUACAUGGGCUGUGUGGAAGUUCUGCAGUCAAUGAGAGCCUUGGACUUCAACACCCGGACUCAAGUCACAAGGGAAGCCAUAAGCCUGGUGUGCGAUGCUGUUCCAGGAGCAAAGGGGGCAAUGCGACGGCGAAAGACUUGUGGGCGGUCCUUAAACUCCAUCCUAGGGAAGAGCAACCUGAAGUUCGCCGGCAUGCCAAUCACUCUGACCGUCUCCACCAGCAGCCUCAACCUCAUGGCCUCCGACUGCAAACAGAUCAUCGCCAACCACCACAUGCAGUCAAUAUCAUUUGCUUCUGGGGGAGAUCCCGAUACAGCUGAGUAUGUCGCUUAUGUGGCCAAAGAUCCAGUCAAUCAGAGAGCCUGCCAUAUCCUGGAGUGCCCAGAAGGCCUUGCUCAGGACGUGAUCAGCACAAUAGGACAGGCCUUUGAACUACGCUUCAAACAAUACCUCAAAAAUCCCCCCAAACUGGUCACCCCCCAUGACAGAAUGGCUGGUUUUGAUGGGUCGGCGUGGGAUGAGGAAGAGGAGGAGCUCCCAGACCAUGCCUAUUACAAUGAUUUCCCAGGGAAAGAGCCCCCUAUUGGGGGAGUAGUAGAUAUGCGGCUGCGAGAUGGGGUAGCACCGGCAGUUCCUAGGCAAAGCCCAAAUCACAUGGGUGCCACCCUGCCCGUGGGACAGGUCUCUGGUGCCGAACAGGAUUCCAGGAAGCCACAGCCGACAGUGCAAGGCAGGGAGAGAUUUCCAGUCCCCUGCAGUCGGCCUCCGAAUCGGCCCGAUCUCUUCGAUGACCCCUCCUACGUCAAUGUCCAGAACCUGGAGAAGUCUCGGCAGCCUCUGCGGGCAGCAAACGGCCAGAGGGACAUCUUCGACAUGAAGCCGUUUGAGGACGCCUUGCCCUCGGCUCAGGCAGUAGUCAGUAUGGAGGAUCAGCUGAAGCGGGAGUCUUGGUACCACGGAAAGAUGAACCGCAAGGAAGCAGAGAGGCUGCUGAAAGUGAAUGGGGACUUCCUGGUGAGGGAGAGCACCACCACCCCGGGGCAGUACGUACUGACCGGCCUGCAGUGUGGGCAGCCCAAACACCUUCUGCUUGUGGACCCUGAAGGAGUGGUUCGAACCAAAGACCACAGGUUUGAGAGCGUCAGUCACCUGAUCAGCUAUCACAUGGACAAUCGCUUGCCUAUUAUUUCUGCUGGGAGCGAGCUCUGCCUUCAGCAGCCGGUGGAGCGGAGACAGUGACCCCGCCCCUGGGAUCCGCCCCUUCACACUUGAGCCUUCACCAACACUACCCCCACCACCUCCUGUCUUUCCUUUCUACGGAGCAAGGCCAGCCCUACUGUAGUAGGAGGAGCCUCCUGGGGCCCGAGCUUGGCCAAGAGUGCCCCACGUAUUCUGUCGGCCAGCAGUUCACCUCGGCCGGGGCAGCAUGUCUGAACUGCCCCAAGCAGCUAAGGCCAUUGCCCCUGCAGACACAGUGAGCAGACAAUGAGCAGAUGGGCCUUACUCCUGGGAUCAGACUCUUCCAUGGCACUGCCAGUGUCUCCUUUCAGCACAAUGCCAGGCUGAUCCCUGCAAGCACACACUCCAAGCUGCAUCCGGCCAAUCCUCUCUAGUGCCUUUACCCUGAGUGACCCCAUUCUCAGCCAGCAGGUAGAUAAGUGCACAUUGUGACUGGGGGGGGGGGGUGGCUCUUGUACCUACGUAUGCCUAGCCCCCACCCUGGGACUGUACCACAACUGACAGAGAAGGGGGUGAAACCAUUCUGUCUGUGCUUUUUCCCCAUUGGUUGAUUUUUACCCGACCUGUAACGUGCUUCCUCUGGGGGAGGGAUGGACAAGCUUCAGUGGGGGCAGAAGGGCAAAUCCGUGUGAAUCCUGCAAGUUACUUCUCGUCCGUCUCCAGCUGACAAUGCCCCCUACCUGCCCGGGGGCAAUUGAUUGGCAUGUGGGGGUUAUGCCAGUGCUGUGUUGCCCCCCCCACCUCUCUGUACCUUGUGCCUUAGCCAGGGCUCAGGAAGAUUGCACACUCACCUGGGACCUGUAGUCUCUUCCUUCCAUUGUGGGCCCCCCAGCACGAGGGGCCACAGCCAACAGUAUGAACACACACACGUCAGACCUCUCCCCCCAAGCUGGGACAGUCUCAGGGGCAAGGUUGUCUCUCACGCGGGUCUCUCUGUGCAAUGCUGCUCCUCUAUCAAUGGGCAAGCUGCAGUGUGGCCCCAGGGCCCGCCCACCAGUCACUGGGUUUAACCCUAUACAGGUUAUUGCUAUUCUUGUGCUGGCACUUACCCCCAGUCAGUUGGACCCCUGGCACAGACAAUCUGCCCUGGCAAUACCCGGGCAUGGGACUCGAUGCUGUCUGUAUUCCAGGCUUGCAGCCCUCCAGCUGGAGUUAUGCUAUUGGCUGGCUCACAGGGGGCGGGGCCAUAGCACAACAUUUACAGGGGGAGGCAAGUCUGAAGCCUGUAUUGGACAAUGCUGGUCAUAUUAAAGGGGAAAUUUUCCUAUAACAACUAUAUUUUUAAUAGAGGGAGGGCCCUGUGUAGGUUUGGGUAACCGCCCCUUCAUCAUACAUUCUUAUUUCUCUACCAAAAAACAAUCAACUCAGUCCUUUGUUUGGGGCCCAAACCUCACUCCCAGGCUUAUUCUGGGGCCCAACCUAAACAAGGGGGGGGCGGGGACAAUGUCACAGCUGCCAUCUUGUUUCAUUUUCCCAGGGUUCCUUUGUGUUGCCCUGUGUUGGGGGAAAUGACUGGGCGCGCUGAGAAAAAUAAACAAGAUGGUGGCUUUUACACUAGCUCCGCCCCCUGCAUUUAUUGUCCUUUUAAAGGGGCAUACCUUCAAAUGAAUGUUUAGUAUCUUCCUGAUUUGGUUGCUAUGAGCACUGCCCCUGGAUUCUAUGGUUGCUGGUUAAAGGGGUAGUACACCCCCUGGUCCAACGUGAGUUGAAUGAAUAGGGCUUGUGACACAGAUAUAGACAUACUCUAUAAUGAAAUCCUCCUUCUCUGUAAGCCUGAGAGGCAAUGGCAUCUGUGGGAAGGGAGGGGCUUAUUUACACAGAGCUGAUUGGCCCUCUUACGUGAGCCCUUAGGGCACAUACUAUUCCCUUAGGGACCUCAUUACUUGAGGGCUGAGUAUGCAUUGAGCAUAAUGGAGUGGGCGGGGCUUUGAUAAAGCAAGAUUGCCCGCCUCCAGGGGGAAAGGGACUCAUGGGAAAUGGAAUCAUUUAAACCCAGUGGAAAUAAUUGGCAGUUCUACUAAAUGCUACUGGGGGGAGUCUAGCAUCCCUGCUGUGGAGGAAAGAGUGGGGUGCAACUUGAGAGGAAGGGAAUGGCCAGGGGGUGUACCCCGCUAAUCUGUUUCGGGGAAAUAAUGAUUCACUCCCCCCCCCCCCCCCCCAUGUACAUAAAUCUGAUCUUUGUAUUGCAUGUCACUUUGUACCCCGACACCAAAGCCGCUGCACACACUCUGCAUAUCGUGCCGCACAACUGUACCCCCCUCUCUCUCACCCCCCCAUGUUUAUGUCCUACUUUCUUAUUGUUUUAUUGUCAUCAUAUGCCUCGAUUAUACCAAAGGAACUCCCAUAGUCUGCUUCUUAUUGUUAUUAAAGUAGUAUUUCUAUACAAUC